AUGGCUUUAAGUUGGGUUGUUACCAUUGCAAACACAAUUACUCUUGGAAACUCGAAAUCACAAUCAUUGAUCGAAUUCAACAAAAAUCAAACGAAUCAGAGUAUCAUUUCCAUUUCGAAUGAAAAAUAUUCCGAGUUUUUUCAAAUGCCUCUUCAUUAUCCAAGAUACACAAAACAUGAUUACGAGAAGAUGGAGGAAUGGAAGAUUGAUACGCUUCUCAGAGAAUAUGGACUUAAUUUUCAGGGGACUGUUGAUGAGAAGAGGAGAUUUGCUAUAGGUGCAUUUGUGUGGCCUGAUCAACUUUGA